ACCAAAAAACUAUGUCUGAACUAUAAAUCAAGUUUGUAAUUUACCCUUCUUGAAGGAGUUCGAUUGAUUUUUUACCAAACAAAUCCCAACAACCAAAAGGAAUUAGGACUUGGAUACCCAAGAGCGCGUCCUUGACAACCGCUGAGAUAGCGCGUGGAUAAAUAGAACGAACCGUUGGCUUGACCGGUCGUGAAGAACUCGAAAUGUUCACGAAUGAAAGGCUGUGUAUGUCCUCCGCCCCAAUGCGCCACCGCAAGUCUCGCCAGAACACACACCAAAAACUCCGAUAUCCGCCAUGUCCGAUCACCUUCACCGGCUCCGUUCAACGACCCAUUUCUUCAAACAAGCUUCAUCCUCCUUCAUCUCCAACUUCUUCACGUUCCUCCUCCUCUCUCUUCUCCUUCUCUCCUUCCGUUUACUCGUCGAAAAUGUCACCCACCGUGUCACCUCCUUCAUCGACCACGACCCCUCUCUGAACGCUCUCCUCUCUCGCCUCGAUCCUCCUAGCCAAAACCACCGCAUUGGAUCUCCCGACUCCUCCUCCGUGUCCACUCGCCGGUUCCGUCGCCGCUACCCCUUUCUCCACCUAACACGCAUCGGAACGCUGGACGACGACGUAUUCUCCGGCGAUGGAGAUGACGAUCGCAGGCUCUUUGGGGCCGGCAAUGGUUUUUCCCCUAAUCGCAGUUUUGUGAUGUUCACGCAUUUUGACUCAAUGUUAGGGUUUUCAGAUUCCGUGGUUGAUAACGGGAUUAGCGUUUCGGAGGUUGUUCGCCCUGGAAUUGCAUUCAGAGUUCGGAUUGCGUCUUUGGAUAUUGAUGAAGAUGGUGCUAAUAAUCAGGAUGAGGAGAAUGUAAAUCUUGAGAGGGAAAAUAUCAACGGUCAACAUGAUAUGAACAGAGUAGUUGAUUUACAGUUUGUCAAAGGAUUGGCGCUUGAUAAUUCUGAAACGGCUGCCCUGUUGUUUAUGGUGAGUUUCUUGUCUGCGGUGUAUGGAUGGGUUAUUCUUAGCUUUACUCUUACAUAUUCAUUGGUUUUAGGGAUGGUAUUUAUUUCAGUUGUUAAUGACCUAACCGGGAGGUUUAGCUCAGUGAUUGGUAUAAUUUGUGAUGGAACCAUGCUGGGGCUCAAGCGGCUUACUGGGUUUAUUAUCAUGAAAUGGGCAGUGAGGGAUGCAUUAACUCAGCUUCUUGGGCUAUGGUAUUUUGGUGAAAUUGAAAACAAAUACUCAUUUUUCAAGCUAUUUGUGAGGUUAAAAUUGAUGCCAUUUUCAAUUAUGUCUCCAUGGAUUCAAGGUUUUGAGAAGGAGAUAUCUGGAUUCAUAUCAACAUGGUUUUUGAUGGAUUCACUUCUAGCCUUCCUAUUUUCUGUGGAUGCUUGGGCAGUUCUUGCAGAUUCAAGGCGAAAUGGAAGAGAAAUAGUGAAGGAAGGUUGUUAUUUGUUAUCAAUCAUGUUGAACCAGGCUGUCCAAAUAAGUUGUUUGCAAGCUAUUUUUUGUGGCCCGCUAGUGAGGGCGGUUAUAGGUCAAACUUUGGGAAAAUAUUUUGCCAUGGUUUUCCAGUCGGUUGUGGAGGUUUAUUUUAUGGCUACUUGGUUGGUGUUCUACCUUUCAGCUAGAUGUAGAGAUGCCCACUUACAGGGAAGGAGAUUUGGUCAGAGAGAACUAGAGGGCUUAACUGAUGGACUUAGGUAGUAUUAGGUUACUCUACUGAGUUUCAACUACAGGCUCCAAUUGUAUCUAUAUGAGCUUUAAAAAAAAUUGACAUCAAUCUGUAACCCUUGCUGAUGAUCCUCUGAUUGAGAUCACUUCUCUUCUCUGUAGUCUCCAGAAAUGUGUUGUGUCUACGUUAGACAAGAAAAUGUUACUGAUGAGGCUGAUUAAGUGAAAGACUGAAAGGUGUGAGAGAAGGAUUCAAAAUAGGCUGGAAUAGUUCCAUUUGAUUGCCGGGUUGCACAAAUCGGGGGAGAUUUUUUUGAGUGAC